AUGCUUCACAUCCUCUCCCUCCUCUCCCUCCUCUGCACUUCAGCUACUGCCCUGGUGCAGGACUUUUGCGUUGCAAACUUGAAGGGAGCAGAAACCCCUCCUGGCUAUGCUUCUAAAAAGGCUGCCAAAGUCACAGCUGACGACUUCGUGUUUACGGGCCUAGCUGAAGGAAACACCACAAACAUUAUCAAAGCUGCGGUCAGCCCUGCAUUUGUGGCACAAUUUCCAGGGUUAAAUGGGCUAGGCCUGUCUGCAGCACUGUUGGACGUGGCUGUAGGCGGUGUAAUCCCAAUGCACACUCACCCUGCUGCAACCUAGCUUCUGUAUGUGGUGCACGGUCACAUUACUGCAGGGUUCAUUUCUUCAGCUAAUAGUGUUUACUUGAAGACACUGAAAAGGGGAGAUAUGAUCGUUUUUCCUCAAGUGUUGCAUUUUCAAAUAAAUUCUGGUAAGAGACCAGGGCUCGAUCUUGUUAGUUUCAACAGCCCAAACCCUGGUCUCCAGAUCCUCGAUUUUGCUCUGUUUGCCAAUGAUUUGCCUUCUGACUUGGUGGAGACAACCACAUUCCGUGAUGACGCUCAAGUGAAGAAGCUUAAGGGUGUUCCUGGUGGUACCAACUAGGCAUUACAAGGAAAUAUUAAUUUUUCCUUCAACAUUUCUGAAUUUAAUUUGU